AAACACGCGUGUCAUAUUUUCAAAAUGGAACUAGCAGUCCCGCUUGAAGGCGGCAACUUUAUUUAUUUAUUUUUAUUUUUAUUUUUAUUUUGCAACUGAGAAACUUCUAUAUAUACUUCUGUCUUUAAACGAGCGCUUCAGCUCUACUCACAUAUUUCUUACUUGCCAAACACUCCUUUUUUAUUUUCCACUUCUCUCCAGUCGCAGAACAGAUGGCAGAACCACAGAAGGAAACUUCAUCUGUAAUUCCUGAAAAGAAAAAGUCACUGCUAGAUGAUGAUAUUAAAAAUGAAUUUCUCAGCUCCUGGAAGACAAUGUCGGUUACUGAAGACGACACAAUGGAUUUUAACUUUAGUACGGUUUCCAGUGGCAAGAAGAAGGCAUUUGAUUUUGAAAAAUUGGACAUGGAUUUCAAUCUGGAUGGUGAUUUUAACAAAUUAUCAUCUUUCAAAGUGGACAUAACAGACUUUGAUUUCUCAUCCCCAUCCACUAAAGUUGUAAAGACGAAGGAAAAAUCUGAACAAGAAUCUUCUACUGGGAAUCAGAAAGGGAAGAAAAAACAGUUUGAUUUCUCAUUUGACUUUAAUGACCUAGAUUCUUUUGAUUUUGAUUCAUCAUUAAUGAAAGAAGAAAAGGCUUCCCACAAGAGUCAAGAUGGAAAAAAGGAAAGUUCUUUAGAUGGAGAUGAAAGUCGGGGCUCUAAAAGUCAACUUAGUGAAAGUGUUAAAGCCUUUGAUACCGUGGCCACAAAACUCCAGCCAUUUGAGGAUGUUCGCUCUUCGAAGGUUGAAAGUAUGGCAGGACAUCUUACUUCCAUAAAAAAUGACUCUGUAAAACAUGUGAUUUCGGAGGCUGCUAUUUUAUCACAUUGUGCUGAACCUUCUCCAGAAAAAGUAAUAGCUAAUGAUAAAGAAAUUUCCUCAGAACUGUUCUCUGAGAAGGCCAUUAUUGAUUUUCCUAGUCAAUCUUUAGAAGACAUUAAUUCAAACAGAUAUGCCCUUUGUGAUGGGAAGAAUGAAAGUUGUGAACAGAGCUCAGGAUUGCCAGCAAUCUCAAAUCAAAAGGAUGUAACUGAAAAACUGAUGGCUGUUGUGUUAUCUUGUGAUGAAAAUUUACCCUUGAAGGAUUCACUGACACAGCAGAACACUACUUUAGAAAGUAAUAAUGGAGAGACAAAUACAUCAGAUAGUAAGAUAUCAAAAGAAAUUGCAGAUUGUAUUGUAUCAUCUGAAGCUGAUGUAAAAUUUGAGGAAAAGUCGACCAGCUUUGUCUCAAGGAAGGAUCAACCUGAUGUCAAAGACAACAAGGAAAAGCAAAAUUUGACAACAGAACGUCCUAUAGUUCUUCCAUGCAGGGAGGGUUUAAAUUCUAAUGAUGCACGAACUGGAAUCGAGCUUUGUGGAAAUUCUCUGUUAGUUGCUAGAGAAUUCACUAAAGGCAAAGAUGCAAUGCAGGAGGGUGCAAAGAAUGAUACGAAUCUUACCGAUAUCAGAGAGAGCUUUGUUUCUAAUGGCAUUCCAAAUGAAAGUAAACUAGUUGGAAAAUCACAUGAUGGAGAAGCAACAAAAGUUGAACCUGUUUGGCCAGCAAGUGAUAAGAUCGGUAAAGGUCAAAAUACUCUAGGCCUCCAAGAUUGUCCUUCUAUUUCAUCUGAGAAGCAAAUUGGAUCUAGUAAUCAGAUAUCUGUUAAUUCUAAAGCAUUUUCCUCAAACAUGGCGGCUCUUCGGGAUCCAAAGAUCAAAUUAGCUGAAGAAACUACACUUUGUCCAGCUAAAGCUUGCAGGAAGUUACCUGAUCUCUCUACCUUGAAAAUUUCUAAAUAUUGGAUGUCUGGAGCGAACCAAGUUUCAUCAAAUUCUCUACCUCAGAAAGAUAUUAGCUGUCUUCAGAAUCCAGAGAAAAAUGUGCAAGUGCAAGGCAACACUGCCAACACAGCAUCAGAGGCUGCUCCUCUUGUUGUCAGCACUGAGAAGAAAUUGCCACUGAAUUUUUCUUUGAAGCGGAAAUCAUUUGAGUUAUCACAUUCAGAUUUAGCAUCUCUGAAGCCUCUAAAACGCCUCUCCACAUCACUGAUUGAAAGCAGAGAUUUUAAGGAACCAUUAAAACGACUUGUUGAAGAAAAGUUUUCUACUGCAGAAAAGAGUUCAAUUUCUGAUGCAGGAAAAAGCUUAAAGCCUCUGAAAUUUCUUUCUGAGUCAUUUGGUGGAAGCAGAAAUUUGAAGGAACCUUUGAAAAGAAUUGAUGUCAAAGAAUCUGUAAAAAGCGUUGGGGAAGAUAAGGCUAACUUUCAUGAGAAUCACGUAGAGAGUACGCCUAGGGGCAGUCUCUACAAUAGUCCAGCCUAUGCUCUUGAAAUUUCUCCAAAGGUUAACGUGAUAGAACUUGAAAUUUCAUCAAUUAUGGAAAAAGAUGGAAAUGUUGAAAGGGCAGAAGCAUUGACAAAGGAGCUUGAAGAAAUUUGCAACAUGCUAAAAAAGAAACACGAUGAAGCCAAAGAAAUACUAGUGCGAGCAGUUGUAAACAACAAUAAUCUACUCAUGCUGAACCAUCCCCUCUAUGAAGAGAAGAUAUCCUUCAGACUCACUUUUAACUGUUCUAAUGUUGACAUUGGUUUUCUAUUUGAAUUUAUAAAAUAAAUUUGAAUAUUCCUCAACACGUAAAAACAUCUACAAGAUCCAGAAAUUUGCUUCUGAGCUGAUGUCCAAAGAGCUUAAAACGUGAUUAGAAGAACACUAGGAUUCCUCACACAAAGGUAUGCUGAUUCUGUCACUGAUUUCUGAGAUGCUUGAAGAAAUGAGUAGUUUGGCCUAUAAUAUCAUAACCAAUGCUUUCAAGCUUUCCUGUGAAAAAUCAUGUUGAACAUAAAUGUCACAGGAGUUCUCUAUAAUUAGUCGAAUGCAAGUCAAGCAAGAGUCUGGCAUUAUUGAAUGACAAAGUUUACGUUUAUGUGAGAAAGGAGUUACGAUGUGUCUCUUAAUCAUAUAGGCCUUUUACUUUAAUGGUUUUAUUAGAACCAUAUUUUGUACUUAUUAACAUUUGCAUCCUUUUGAAAUUAGAAGAAGAAACUGUCAAUAACUCAAGAUACUGAUAUGGUAAUGGUAUCUUGACCUUUCAAUGAAGUAUGGGUUCCACUUACUGAACCCCUUGUUACAUCUAUAGUUUUCGUUACAAAGGAUGUGGAUGAAGCACCUACUGUGCAUCAAAUACGGCAUAAUCAUUUUAGGUUAUUUAUGCUAAAGAAAAUAUUGGGGAGGACAUUAUAAAGUUCAUAUACAACACAUUGACUAAGAUGUCUAUCUACAUCAGUAAUCUGAAUCCAGAUCACUUAUAUUUCGUAUGUUUAGUAAAAUCUAGAUUACUUGCAUUCUGUAUGC